AUGAGCUCGACAAGCUCAGCAAUUGCGACUCCCCGCUCGUCCUCCCCAGCCUCAACCACAAGUCGAUCGUCAACGACGACGGUGAGCAAGAGAAUGUCUCUCUCAGGACGACGGAUGUCAGGCUUCAACCCAAUGGCUGCGGUUGAUAUUGCCGUAAUUGAAGCUGCCAUGAAGAUGGCAUCCCUCGAUACUCUCCGGGGAUAUUCUCAAGAGCACUACGGCGAAGUCAAACAAUACACCGAGACAGAGUAUACCCCCAAGUCCCAAGCUGCGGGCUACCAAGUUCUCCGAGAACCAGCCUGGAACAAAGGUACAUCAUUCAGCCCCGAUGAAAGGAUCUCAAAAAACCUCACUGGCCUCAUACCUCAUGUCCUAGAGAGCCUCGAAACCCAAUGCAUGCGAGCCCUGCGGAUGAUCAACAGCCGUGGAACCAACGUGGACAAAUACCUCUACCUCUCCUCCAUCAAGGCCAAUAACACCGACCUUUUCUACCGUCUUCUGAUCGACAAUGUCGAGCAAAUGAUGCCCCUCGUGUACACCCCGACGAUUGGAGACGUCUGCCUUCAAUACUCGACCUUAUAUACCCGACCCGAGGCCCUGUAUAUCUCCAUCAAGCAACGCAAAUCCAUCAAGACCAUCCUACGGAAUUGGCCAUACAAAAACCCUUCAAUCUGCGUGGUCACUGAUGGCUCGCGGAUUCUCGGACUUGGUGAUCUCGGGGUUAACGGAGUUGGUAUUUCAAUUGGGAAACUUGCUCUGUACACCGCCGCAGCAGGCAUCCAUCCCGAGCAGACUCUCCCGAUUGUCCUCGAUUGUGGGACCGCAAAUGAGACAAACCUGGCUGAUCCCCUGUAUCUUGGGCUAAGGCAGAAGCGUGUCAGUACCGACGUGGCUCUUGAAUUCAUGGACGAGUUUAUGGCUGCCGUCAAGGAGGUAUACCCGGACAUGCUGGUUCAGUUCGAGGAUUUUGAGACCGAGAAGGCGUUCCAAUACCUGGAACGAUAUAAGCUGGAGAAGUGCUUCAAUGACGAUGUCCAGGGAACUGGAGCUGUCAUUUUGGCAGGGUAUAUCGGAGCAGUAAAUCUUUCAGGUGUGCCUAUAGAAGACCAGAGACUUGUCUUCAUGGGUGCAGGUUCCGCAGGUGUCGGUGUGGCCAAACAGGUGAUGGAAUACUACACUCGACGCGGUCUCUCAGAACAACAAGCUCGAGAUAAAUUCUAUCUCGUCGACACCAAGGGCCUGGUAACGAAGGACCGGGGGGACAGGCUUGCAGAGCACAAGAAGCUUUUUGCGAGAAGCGAUAAUAAUGGACACCAAUUCCAGACUCUCGAGGAAGUCAUCGAGUACGUCAAACCUACCGCAUUGAUUGGCUUGGCCGCAACCUUCGGCGUCUUCACCGAAUCCGUCGUCCGCGCCUUGAAGAUCUCAGUCGAUGCUGGAGGCCUUGCACGACGACCAAUCCUGUUCCCCUUGAGCAAUCCCUUGACCAAGGCAGAAUGCACGUUCGAGCAGGCCGUCACGUGGACCGAGGGUACGGUCAUCUUCGCAUCCGGAUCGCCCUUCUCUCCAUUUACCAUGAAGAACCACGAUUCAAUUACCACCUACUAUCCCAACCAGGGAAACAAUGUCUAUGUGUUCCCUGGCCUAGGACUAGGCGCCAUCCUAGCCAAGGCAUCCCGUGUAACAGACGCAAUGGUGUACAUCUCGGCAGCCGCGCUGGCAGACUGCCUGAACAGCGAGGAAAUCAAGAUGGGCCUGAUCUACCCGAAGAUCGAGCGUGUGCGGGAUGCCAGCGUCGUCGUCGCGCGCGAGGUAAUGAAGGCAGCGAGGAGAGACGGCGUGAGCAAGCUUCCCGAAGAGGCGUGGGUUGAAUGGGAAGAAUGGGGAGACGUCGCAUUAACUGCGUGGAUCAAGAAGCAGGUAUACGACCCCCGAUGGUAG